CAAUUAACUUUACAGCAAAAUAAAGGAUUUUCUUAUUUUAAGUCAAUUCCUUUAUAUUGAUGAAAAAGUUAUUGUUUCAUUGGCUGAUUAUUUAACAUGUAAAAGGGGAAAUGUUUGGAUAUUAGUGAAAUGAUCUGUCAAUGGAACAAGAACUUUUUUCAAGUUUCUUUAGAACGAUGAGAUGUUAAAGUCACUCUGUAUGCAGAUGACGCGCAGAUCGGUGUCUGUCCUGUGAUUGGUGGCUUUCUUUCCAGCAGGAAGUUGUGAACAGUUUAAAAGCUGCUGCAGGACUGCAGACAUUCACAGGAAGCUGGACCAGCAAUGGCUCUGCUGAAGGUUUUGAUGCUGCUGGGGCUGGGUGUUUCAGUGAACUCAGCUGUUUCUCUGCAGAAGAGAAUCAUUGGAGGUAAUGACUGUGACAAAAAGGAGCAUCGUUAUCAUGUACGGCUGGAGAUCGGCAAGGGUACUCAUAGGAGACUGUGUGGAGGAUCUCUGAUCCACCCUCAGUGGAUCCUGACUACAGAUACCUGCUGGAAGGUGGAGACUGGGUGGUAAGAAAGAGACACAAAGACAGUUUUAUCUGCAAAUCAUCUGAUUUUCUGUGUGUUCAUUAUAAUCUAACCUUUUCUGCAGGAUUAAUGCAGCAACAAUAAAAAUUCAUCCACUGACUGCUAAAGAAAGAGUUCCCAGAAUCCAAAAGAAACCUGCGAUUUAUGCUCCCGAAGGCUGGCGGCAUGACAUCAUGUUGCUGAAGCUUCGGAAACCAGUAACGGGUGUCCCACCUGUUCCACUACCAGACUGCACUAAACGCCCUAAAGUGUAAGUCUUUCUCUGAUCAAAAACAUGACUUCAGGUUUUCUGUCUCCAGUCCUGCUACCUCUGCUUCAGCACACCUGAGUCAGGUAAUCAGGCCACCAGCAGAACCAGAACCAGUUUAGCUCAGGUGUGUUGGACCAGAGACACAUGUAAAGGACACAGGACAAUGAGGACUGGAGGAGGACACUCCUGUGUCAGUGGAUGAAGUCCUUCAUGGAUUUAUUUCCUUUUCUUUACAAAGAAUA